AUGAACCACAAGACCCAGAACGGCGUCGUCAAAGCCCAGAAGGCCGCGAUCAAGGUCGCGAAUUACCAGGGCCGCGACGACCGCGCGACGUCCGAGCAGGUCAUGGACCCGCGCACGCGCCUCAUCCUCUUCAAGCUCCUGUCGCGCGGCGUCUUCGAGUGCAUCGACGGCUGCCUGUCGACGGGCAAGGAGGCGAACGUCUACUACGCGCGCGGCGGCCCCCAGGCCGCCGCGCUCGCGGAAGCCGCGGGCGAUGCCGCGGGCGCCGCGGCCGUCGCGGACCUCGCGGUGAAGAUCUACAAGACGUCCAUCCUCGUCUUCAAGGACCGCCAGCGCUACGUCGACGGCGAGCACCGCUUCCGCAACGGCUACUCCAAGGGCAAGAACCCGCGGAAGAUGGUGCAAUUGUGGGCGGAGAAGGAGCUGCGCAACUACAAGCGCCUCGUGGCCUGCGGCGUGCGCGCGCCGAGGCCCGUGCUCCUCAAGGGCAACGUGCUCGUCAUGGAAUUUAUUGGACACGACGGCUGGCCCGCGCCGCGGCUCCGCGACGCGACGCUCAACGAGCGGCGCGUCCGCGAGGCCUACUGGCAGACGUGCCGCGCGAUGCGCGUCAUGUACAAGCGCUGCCGGCUCGUCCACGGCGACCUGAGCGAGUACAACCUGCUCUGGCACGACAAGGAGGUCGUCGUCAUCGACGUGUCGCAGUCCGUCGAGCACGACCACCCGCGCGCGUCGGAGUUCCUCCGCAAGGACUGCGCGAACGUCAACGACUUCUUCGGCAAG